AUGGUUAAGGAGACAAAGUUCUACGACCUGCUUGGGGUCGACCCCUCGGCAAGUGAGGCCCAACUUAAGACGGCCUACAAGAAGGGUGCCCUCAAGUACCACCCUGACAAGAACACAAACAACCCAGAGGCUGCUGAGAAGUUCAAGGAAAUGUCUCACGCCUACGAGAUCCUGUCCGACCCCGACAAGCGCGGCAUGUACGACCAACUCGGUGAGGAAGGUCUCGAGGGUGGUGCCGGUGGUGGCAUGGGUGCCGAGGACCUCUUCGCUCAGUUCUUCGGUGGCGGCGGAGGUGCUUUCGGAGGCAUGUUCGGCGGUGGCAUGCGCGACCAAGGCCCCAAGAAGGCCCGUACCAUCCACCACGUUCACAAGGUCAACUUGGAGGAUAUCUACCGCGGCAAGGUCUCGAAAUUGGCCCUGCAAAAGUCCGUCAUCUGCCCUGGCUGCGAUGGCCGCGGUGGUAAGGAGGGAGCUGUCAAGUCGUGUACCGGCUGUAACGGUUCCGGUAUGAAGACCAUGAUGCGCCAGAUGGGUCCCAUGAUCCAGCGCUUCCAGACUGUCUGCUCCGACUGUAACGGUGAGGGAGAGAGCAUCCGCGAGAAGGACCGCUGCAAGCGCUGCAGCGGUAAGAAGACCACCGUUGAGCGCAAGGUGCUCCACGUCCACGUCGACAAGGGUGUCAAGAACGGCCACAAGAUCGAGUUCCGUGGUGAGGGUGACCAGAUGCCCGGUGUUAUGUCCGGAGACGUCGUGUUUGAGAUCGAGCAGAAGCCCCACCCCCGAUUCCAGCGCAAGGAAGACGAUCUCUUCUACCAGGCUGAGAUUGAUCUCCUCACUGCUCUCGGCGGUGGUUCCCUCAGCAUUGAGCACCUUGAUGACCGCUGGUUGACCGUCACCAUUGCCCCUGGUGAAGUUAUCACACCUGGUGCCAUCAAGAUCGUCAAGGGCCAGGGUAUGCCUUCGUUCCGCCACCACGACUACGGCAACCUUUACAUCCAGUUCGACGUCAAGUUCCCCGAGAAGGACCAGCUCCAGAACCUCAACCUUUUGGAGCAGGUUCUGCCACCCCGUAUGGAGCAGGCCAAGCCCCCAGCUGAUGCCAUGGUUGAGGACUUUGACCUCGAGGAUGUUGACGGAAGCGAGUACUCUCAAGCACGCGCACACGGCGCUGCUAGUGCCAUGGAUGAGGAUGAUGAUGAUGUUCCUCCUGGAGCUGAGAGGGUGCAGUGUGCUUCGCAGUAA